AGUGGUCAGUUUGACCAAUAACUCGGAACAAAUAGGACGUAUCUUUAUUACAAAGAGGAAGAAAAUAAUAAUUUUGUCAAAAUGAGGGUGAUUUUCGCAUUAUGUGUUAUUUCGCUCAUUGCGUUAGCAAGUUGCAGUACUAAUCUACACCCCAGGGGCUGUAUCUACAUCAUGGGCAGAUGUUACAAAGAGUGUGAAGAAGGUACUCACUCCUACACGACUGGUUGUGGACCCUUGACUCCUGAACCGACCUGUGACGAACCUUCCCCAGUGGCUGGAAAAGGGUUAAUCUGUGACUACUCAGCUUGCUACUGUGAUUCUCCAACAGUCAGGGACACAACCAGCGGCAAAUGUGUGACCCUUGACAAGUGCCCCAAGAAAAAAGAAUGUAAUUAAAUAUUUUUUGUAAUUGACCUAUCCUAAA